UGUGAUUUAAGUUUUAUCCAUAUACAUUUGUAAUCAAAUACAUUUGAAUUAAACUAUAAAGUUCGAUGUUUUCGAUUUGUCCGACACCGAUCUAAACAGAAAAUGCUCGAUGACUGUUGCCAUGGUCACCUCCAAAAACGCCACUUACCUUUUGUAAGCUUGUGAUUUUUAUUGUUUGUGAAACGUUGUUUCUGAAAUAUGCCUACUUCUAUUUAAAAAGAAUAAAGUUUAGACUUUUUAAACAUUUUGUUUUGACUUCCUUUGUGGGAAGGUUAGGCUUUAAUUAGGGGUCCCCAAAUGCCCUCCAUAAUCGGGAACUUUUAAAGUGAUGGAUGUUGGACCCUGUAGUGCAGAGAUUCAACAGCGUCGUGUGGAGCUGGUGGAGGACUACAGCAAACACCUGACACGCCUUCUAGACGUCCUGUUUAAUGUGGGUGCAGUGACCGAGGAGGACCUGAGUCUUAUUAAAGGUUCAGCUGUUUUGGGUGAGCGAGAAUGUAUUAGAGUUCUGCUGGAUGUGUUACAUGGGAGAGGAGAGGAAUCAUGCAGGGCUUUUCUUUACAUACUACCAAGUGUUCAAGAUGAGACCACCAAACUAGGACAGGCCAACAGGCAAGAGCAUCUAAAAAAACACAAGGACAUAUUGGCCAGACAGCAUGGCCUCUUGGACUAUCUCAGCAUCAAAGGACAGACAUUGGGACAGGAUCAGACCGGGUGCUGGACUGAUAUCACCUUCUCAAGACAAGCUGGUUAUGCAUCGUCUUCUCAACGCCGACACGAGUCAGCAGGAGUCGGGGAUGCUUUCAGGACACAUGCAGACGAGAUCUGCAUUUUCAAGGACGUGUAUGAGAAUCUGCUGUGCAGCCCAGCGAGUGGUGUGAACAUGCUGUCAGGAGUUGCUGGAAGUGGGAAAACCACGGUUGUGAGACGCCUGGUGCGAGAGUGGGCUGCCGAAACCAACUUGUCUAAGAUUAUCCUAUCUCUGUCCUUUCGUGAGUUGAACCUCAUAACUCAAGAGCAGAGCUUGCAGGACCUGCUCUCGGAUCACUACAUCCAUCUGAAACCUUUCCUGCAUGAGUUACUGAACUCAAACCCAACCCAGUUUUUACUCAUCUUGGACGGUCUGGAUGAGUUCUGCUACCCUCUUAAUUUUGAACACACUCCCAAGUGUUCGGAUCCGGAGCGUGUGCAACCUAUACAAUCCAUUGUGGUGAACCUAAUCAAAGGCAAUCUGCUUCCAGGAGUGUCCAUUUUCCUAACUUCCAGACCUCACGCGGUCUCCAAAGUUCCUCCAGUUCUGGUCAGCCAGUUUUACAGUCUGCUCGGUUUCUCUGUCGAUCAGCAGAAGCAGUACUUUGAGCAGAACUGCAGUUCUCCCGAGGCUGCCGAUGCAGUGUGGGCUUCGGUGUCGUCCCAUAAACCCCUUCUCCUCAUGUGCCACAUUCCCGCGUUCUGUUGGAUUGUGUCCACUGCUUUGCAUGAUGGCGGCUCCUGCCUUUGUCCUGAUUCUGUAAGUGCCAAGCCAGGAAACAAAGAAGGCCUUGGGGAAACCAACCAACCAAUCUCUUCAUUGGGAUCUUCUGAGGAGAACUCAAAACCAGUCACAAUCUCUGGAAUCUACUGCUGCUUUGUUAAAUCUGUCUUGCUAUUCCAUGUGCAAGGGCGUAGCGAGGGCUCCCAUCACACCAGGCUUCAGCACGCCCCUCACGUCCUUGGGGAAAUGCAGCCAAUCCUAAAAAGCCUGGGAGCUAUGGCCUUCAAAGGCCUCUUGGAGAGACGCUUCAUCUUUGAAAGCUCUGAUUUGAACUCUUUUAAUCUGGAUAGCACCAAACUCUCACAGGUGUUUCUCUCUGAGGUACUUAAAGAGGAUCGAGCAUCUCUCACCUUUGAAAAGGGCUUUCAUUUUAUCCACACUAGCGUGCAGGAGUUUCUUGCUGCCCUGUACUAUGUUCUCCAGUCACUCUCAGGAUCAGAUCCAUUUUCAGGCCUCAAACCAAGCACAGGCCGCUACCUUCAAUCUGCAUUUAAGCAAAUGGCAUCAGCUGUUAACAAAUUCAGCAGACCGCAGCAUCUCUUCCGCAGACGUAUUAAGAAGGCCCUUCACUUUGGUGAACGACAUCAGUCUGGACACAUGGAUCUUUUCUGCAGGUUUGUAAGUGGCCUGCUGGUUCCUAGAACACGUCUCAUCCUAAAUGGAUUUUUCCCUGAUGGGCCCAAGAUGCAUCUGCUCCGUUGCCACCCCUCUCCAGAGCCGACUCCACCUUUCCUCCUUCAUCUCUUACACUCCCAACUCCAGAGCUCCACCCUCAGCCCGGAGAGGCAGGUCAAUGUUUGUCACUGUCUAUAUGAGGCCCAGGACCCUGGUUUGUCACAGCGGCUACAGAGUUGGAUGAAGGUUCUUUCACAGCAGACCUCAGAUCAGUCCGAUUCGGGAAACAGGGACUGGAGCGAGCUGGCUUUCCUGUUACAGCUCAAUCCAGAUCUGCAGGUUUUAAAUUUAGAUGCUCAAGGACUCGAUGCUCAAGGAUUAUACCAGCUCCUACCAGUCCUUCCUCUCUUCUCAACACUCAGCCUGGGCCAGAAUCCUCUUGGGCCAGAGGGAGCAUCUGUGUUAUCCCUUGUUCUGAGAAACCCAGAUUGUUGCAUUCAGAGGCUUUGGGUGGUUGCAACAGGGCUUGGUUGUGAAGGUCUGAAGAUCCUCGUAGAAGCGCUGAAAGAAAACCAUACUGUGACUGAUCUUAGAAUGGCCAUCAAUAAAAUUGGAGAUGUUGGAGCUGGUUAUCUUGCAGACUUGUUGAGGACGAAUCGCACACUGACGGAUAUCAGACUUCGUGACAACCUAGUGACAGACAAAGGAGCAGAAGUCCUCAUGGCUGCCCUGAAAGAGAACACUACAUUAGAGUAUCUGUGGUUGUUUGACAACAAGUUUACCAAAGAUGGUGUCAAGAAACUGAAAGAAUUUGCAAAGACCAGACCAAACCUUGACAUUAAAGUUUGCAUCUGACCCACAACCUAAAAAAAACAGUGGAGUAGCUCCCUAAAACAUCAUUUGUAUUGCAGAACUGGUUCUUUUUCACUCACACGUUUUAUUCAUACAUUAGUUUACAUAUUGGUACAAUUGCUCUGAUAUAACACUUUUAAUACAUAUUAGACUGUUAAAUGAAUAGCUCACCCAAAAAUGAAAAAUAGCUGAAAAUGCAUUAAACCAGGGUUGCCAACUCUCACGCAUCUGGCAAGUAAUCCAAACAGUCCAUCAAUUAAAGUCUCGUGAAGAGAAAAGCAGGAUGCUUGUAAGAAACAAAUCCGUCAUUACGGUGUGUUUACACUAUAAAUAACUAUUUCUUUAACCACUCAGGCUACUACUGCCCUCUGCUGGACUUUUAAGGAGCUGUCAUUUGUAUGACAAUGAAUUGCAUAUAUUUCUUUUGUGAAAGCACUGCUAUCUUUUUAUUUUAAAAUCUGUCGCAGUUUUAGUUAAAACCAACACAGUCAGGUUUGAUUGAAGCUGUGUGUUACAUUUCGGAGGUCCUAAAAUGGGUUCUUUACCCACACCUGUUCUUCUCGUACUUGUUAUAAAUUAUUGUUUUCUUUCUCUUUUAUGCUAUAGUGUCUCAGACCUGUUUGAGAAUACAAUUGUUUAUUCCAUUUUUGUGGGUGAUUUUACAUGCAGAGCUCAGGGUUGCUCUUAGAAACUUCAUAAACAGAAGUAAAAAUGUAAGUGUAAAAUACACAAAGCCAGGGUAUUCUUUGGUUAGUAAAUGCAUUUAUUUUAAAGAUACCAUAUGAAACAUUGCUAAAAUCACAGAAGUGUAUAUUUGUGUAAAAGUGUAUAAGUGUAAAAGCAUUUUAAUCAUACAGAUAGAUAGAUAGAUGAUUUAUUUUUGAAGCAUUGCAUUAUUGUAUUCUUUUUGAAAGUUGCAUAAAAUAUGUGUAAUAUAUCAUUAAUUGUCAUAACAUCAUGAAAUGUGAAUUGUUAUAAGUAUUAUUGGUUAGUAGUGCUUGCAAUGCAAAGUACAAGUGUUGUUAAAGCAAGAUGUACAAAUAGAUGUUCAAUAAACAUAAUAUGGAUUCUUCAAAUUCCAGUUU